AUGUCGCCGCCCUGGUUUUGGUGCUCCAGCGCGCGGGAAAAAAUUGGCCUAGCGCGCACUGGUUUUGGCGCGCCGCGUCCGGCGCGCGUUAUAAGAAGGCGUUCCCUCCACACACUGUCCGCCGCCCACUCGCCUCGCCGCCUCUGCACCACCAUGUCGAUGGGCCGCCUGGGCGCUUCGGAUUUUCACGGAGUCCGCGAACGCCGCUCCGGCGACUUCUCCUCCGAAAUCUGGUUUGGCGAAAAACGCCUCAGUCUCGGCACCUUUGACACCGCAGAGGAGGCGGCCCGCGCGUACGACGCGGCGGCGUGGCGCCUCCGGCGGCCUUAUCGGGAGAUGAAUUAUCCCGACGUGUCGACGAGCCAACAGGCGCAAGAUCUCGCGCCUCUCCCGCGGCUUUUCACCAACGAGGAUCGUCGUGACAACCGGAGGCGGCAGCGUCGACUCGCCAUCGCCGAGAUGGACGAGGAAGCCAUGGCAGUGUGGCGCGAACGCUUCCCGCAGGACAUCGUCAAUGAGCGCCAGUUCUACAAGCAACUGAGGACGGAGAGAGAGGCGAGGAAGACAGAGCGAGCCGCCUAUCGGGAGGACAAGCGUGCGCGGAAGCAAGCCGCUCAAUUGAACAUGAAGCUAGGAGAAUCGUCGGUCCUGGGACUCCGAGGAUGA